AUGUCAUAUCAGACCAAUCUCUUCAUUAAUAAUGAGUAUGUCCCGUCGUCGACUGGGGAAACUCUAUCUGUUUAUAAUCCCAACGAUGAUACCUUAGUAUCAGACAAAAUCCAGGUUGCAUCUGAAGCCGACGUCGACCGCGCUGUUGCGGCUGCCAAAGCUGCAUUCCCUUCGUGGUCAUCUACCACAGGGGCCAAAAGGGCGGCGAUUAUGCUGAAAUUUGCCGAUCUCUUGGAAGCCAACGCAGAGAGACUCGGAAAACUGGAAAGUGUUUGCAUGGGUCAACCAGUCUCCGUAGCUACACUUUUUGCCCAAGGCCCACCUGGUGUUUGGAGAUAUUACGCUGGUUUUGCUGGGAAGAUUGCAGGAGAGAGUUACCCACCGGAAGGCGAUGGAUCUUACAAGAUUGUUGCGUACGAGCCAUUGGGUGUAUGCUCCGGCAUAGCUGCCUGGAAUUCGACCUAUACCCUAGCCGCCUGGAAAAUGGCUCCUGCUCUCGCCGCGGGAAAUACCUUUGUUUUCAAAUCCUCCGAAAAGGCUCCUCUUGGGGCUCUAGCAUAUGGCGAGCUAAUUAAAGAGGCUGGGUUCCCACCAGGCGUGAUUAAUCUGGUCACUGGUGCCGGCCCGGUUGGCUCGAUGCUUGCUUCGCACAUGGAUAUCGCCAAGAUCGCCUUCACAGGUUCAGCUGCAGUCGGGCGAGCUGUCCAAAUAGCAGCAGCAAAGUCGAACUUGAAGCACGUCUCCCUCGAGCUAGGAGGAAAGUCACCGGCUUUGAUAUUCGAUGACGCUGAUGUUGAUAAUGCUAUCUUGCAUAACGCGGAGGGCUUCCUCCGAAACUCUGGUCAAAUCUGCUUUGCCUCUUCGAGAGUACUGGUCCAAGAGGGGAUUGCUCCCAAAUUUAUCGAGGGUGUGAAGAAAGCAUUCGAAGAUGCUGCAACGAAAAUGGGCGACACAUCUCUGAAAGAAACUGCUUUUGGGCCCCUCGCUGACAGGAAGCAAUUCGAUCGCGUGAUGGGAUUCUUGAAGGAUGGAAAAGCCGAAGGAAUUCAAGUACUUACCGGAGGUGACGCUUUAGGUGAUAAGGGUGCAUUCGUUCAGCCUACGAUUCUUUUGAACCCUGAUGUCAAGAGCCGUGUCUUCACCGAUGAGAUCUUUGGCCCCGUCAUUGCCAUCAAGACGUUUAAGACCGAGGAAGAAGCUCUUCAGAUGGCCAAUGACACCACAUAUGGCCUUGGAUCAUCGAUUUUCACAUCCGACAUUCCCCGAGCUCUACGGGUUGCAAGCAAGAUCGAAGCAGGAGCAGUCGGCAUUAAUCAAGCUUUCAAGGCGUCGCCGCAGGUCCCCUUCGGAGGGGUUAAACAAAGCGGCAUAGGAAGGGAGUGUGGCUAUGAAGGACUGAGAGGAUAUCUACAUGCAAAAACAAUACUGAUCAACAUGAAUGUAUCCAAUUGA